AGUGGCAUAGUUUUACGCGACCUUCGCGCUCCUGACAUGAUCAAUCUACAUCAGCUUUAGGCGCUUUAUACAAAUGCGUUUCCUGCUACUUUUUUUCUCAGUCCAAAAUCCUAAUAUGAGUUGGACUUUGUCAUCGCGACGUAGUUUUAACUCGAUCUAAAACGAACUUUGCCUCGAGGCACGACUUCAAAAAAUGACCUUUCCCUCCUGGUCCUUUGAGCCGCUGUUUGCUGCGGUGCGAAAAGUCCGGGGCCAGAACCACGACAGGCAGCACGGUAGUUUUGAAGGCACAAACCGAGUCCACAGUCCCCGGACACCUUCUUUCGCCAGCAACUACUUUUUUUUCCAGGAGAAAGACGCUGAGAACAACAACCUCGAAGCCUCGUCUGAACAUGCAGAUGCUCUCGGGGGCAGCAGCCGGACAGCGCCGGUUACAUCGUCACGGCUCCUGCGGAAAAGUCGUUUUUGCUUUCGCCCACACCUAUGCGCUUCGAACUCCGUUUUCUGUGAGGCCCAGAGGAGCAAAGCGGUGGGGAUAGACCUCGGGACCACGUUCUCCUGUGUUGGGUACUGGGAUGGGGAGCAGGUACUAGAUAUCUGUCGUGCGACGUCUUCUAAGAAGCCUGGUUGUAGCGCGUAUCGCCCAACAGAAGUUGAUGCAGCUUAGAUGUGGUAUGCACGACGUACAUCAGUUUCGUUUCCGGAGUGAAAUCCUGGAGGCGCUCAUUUUUGUUGCAAAUGGUGCAAAUAACGAAAGCCGGACGAAAAAAAAAUGAUCAAGAACUCUCCCAUUCUUUCUAUCUUUCUCAGGUCCAAAUCUGCACCAACAGCGAGGGCAACCGCACCACCCCGAGUUUCGUUUCUUUCGGGGAUGAGCGGCUGAUUGGUGAUGCGGCGAAGAACCAGGCUUCCCGCAACCCGCUGAACACGGUGUACGAUGCGAAAAGGCUCCUCGGCCGAAAAUUCACCGACCCCGAGAUUACCGCGGACCAGAAGCUCUGGUCCUUCAAGGUCGUUCCAGACCCGAAGACCAACGACUGUUUGAUCCAGGUGACGCACUUGAAGCAAAACAAGCAGUUUCGUCCCGAGGAGAUUUCCUCGAUGGUGUUGUCUAAAAUGAAGCAAGUCGCCGAAGAGGCGACGGACGCAAAGGUAACGCAAGCCGUGAUCACCGUCCCAGCCUACUUUUCCGACGCGCAGCGGCAGGCGACGAAGACCGCGGGGAAGAUUGCGGGGCUGGAAGUCCUCCGGAUCAUCAACGAGCCGACGGCCGCGGCCUUGGCGUACGGGUUGGUAUGGAUUGCAAAUAUCAACAUAACCGUGUCGGAAAAGAGAAACUUCUAACCUUGAACCCUGGAUGAUUGACCCAACAUUUCUUCCAAGUGAUACCAGGCAUAACAUCUACAUCAAGUUUGUAUCGUACAUUCUCGUAGUACGUGUCACGAAUUUCAAACUUGACAAACAAGUACGACUUCGUUUGCUCCUGCUGGUCAUGCAACACAUCAGCAGCUUCUGCCGAGAUGGUGAUGGAAAUUAUGCAAGACAAGAAUCAAAUAAAGUUCCGCUUCCGUCUUUCCAGACCUCUAGACACUACAUUUGCAAUGAAUAGCUGGACAAGAAAGAGAAUUUGUCGAAAGUUCUGGUGUACGACAUGGGCGGUGGGACGUUCGACGUGUCCUUACUGGAAUAUGGAGUUCUCAAAUGUUACAUUCUCAACUGUUACAUGAAUUUGUACUGCAAGACUGGCAAAACGGAAAGGAGGAAGAUUGCGCCUUUUGCAUUACAAGUCUGGCGCAGAGGCAGAUUUAGACACUGUUUAGCGCUUCCGAAAUUUGUCAUGUGAAGCAGCUUGCUCAUCUGCCGGCUUAGGGUGCUUUUGCGUGACAAAUUCACCGUAACCGUUGAGAGUGUAACGCUUGAGAGUCCCAUAUGGAAAUAGAACAGGGCGUGUUCGAAGUGAAGGCCACCGCGGGCGACACGCGGCUCGGUGGCGAGGAUUUUACGCACGGGAUUUUAGACCUCUGCUUGGCCGACAUCCGGAAAAAGCACCCGCGAGAGUACGGCAACGUGGAGAAUAACGCGAGGAUGAAGCGAAGACUGUUAUGCAUUGCAAAUAUGUAGCCUGGGUCUGCCUGACACACGACAAACAUGGCAACUUGUCAUGCCAAAUCUGAAUUAUGCAAAAAUCUGUGUUGCAUCUGCAUGAUUACCAAAAGCUGUCCACUUUUGAACUAGUCGGGAGGGGGUUUCUCAUGCAGGAAAGGCAUGAGCAUGACAGAGAUCUUACAGAAUCUGUCACGCUAGGUCCUGCAUUCUAGACCUCAUUGGUCACGUAACACCUGCGUGACAACAAGUGUGCAUGUUUCCGGACCCAGACAUAUUUGCCAUUGAUAACUAUGGCAGCAGUGCGAAAACGCCAAGAAGACGCUAUCCUCUGCGCAGUCGGCGAACAUCGAGAUUGACGGGCUGUUUGACGGGGUGGACUACUCCUUUCAGUUGACCAGGAAAAGGUUCGAGUCCGAGGUCAUUGGGCGGUACGUCAAAAAAUCGUUGAACUGCGUGGAACGGGUGCUCAAGGAUGCGCAGGUUUUUUAGGUUACUAUGUGGUACAUACUUGAGUUGCUCCUCGAGCAGUGCUGUUUUGCAUACUUGUGUGGAGGUUGGCAGUACUAGAACUACACCAAUGCCGGCUGAUGUGUGCAGUCAUUGAUCAUGUUGAUGGUGCCAUGCUGAAUAACGUUAUCUAGGAGCCUAUUCUCGAUGAUAUUUUUGGUUUUUAAGAGAUCGCGCGGUCGGCGUAAGUACCUCGGAUCGCGCCACUCCAUCUUUUCUGCACACGCUGCAAAAUAACUUGAAUUUGAUGCUGCGCAAACGACACGCAAAGCAACAACUUCCAAGUAUGAAAGUUCAUUCAUUCGCAUUCCAGACCGACCGUUCAACUAUCGACGAGAUCGUUCUCAUUGGUGGGAGCACGAGGAUACCGGGUGUGCAAAAAGCGAUCUCAGACUACUUCAACGGCAAGCAACCCAAUAAAUCUAUCAACCCGGAUGAGGCUGUCGCCUACGGCGCGGCGAUCCAAGCUGCAAUCCUAUCCGGGGCGGAGGACAAAACGCAGAAGCUGAACGACUUGGUCUUGGUCGAUGUUACACCACUGUCGCUCGGGUUGGAAACCGCGGGAGGUAAGUAAGCAUUUAUUGCGAGACGUAUAAUGCACUUGAGUGGAGGUGGUCCUGGUCGCUACCUGGCGCCGCAGUUUCACAGGACAAACCAACAGAGCGCCAUAUGUUGUAGUUUUACAAAGCCGUCAAGCACGCUUAUCUUUACGAACGUAUAUUUUUUGAAGCAACUCGCUUGAUUCCCAAUUCCCAGGUGUUAUGACGAAGCUGAUCACGCGGAAUUCCACCAUCCCAACGAAGAAGGAGCAGGUUUUUUCCACCUUCCAGAACAAUCAAACGUCGGUUGACAUCGUCAUCUUUGAGGGUGAGCGCGCCAUGGCGAAGGACUGCAAUCUGCUCGGCAAGUUCCGUCUGGACGGCAUCGCGCCCGCGCCCCGUAUCAAAUACAAAUACGUCCUCUAGGUGGAGGUGGUCCUCUGGAAGUAGAGUGCAAGAAGAGUUGUGAUGCUUAGGUAUGUAUCCCGCUUGGUGGCUGGUCUCCCACUCUGAGGUGUUCAGUCUGUCAUCAACUAGCGAAGGACUUGCUCCGCUCGUUUGUCAUGGGAAGACGCACUUUGCUGGUGUCCUCCAUGAGAAGUGCUGAUAAAAUAAGUUGAGGUUCUUUCUAACCUUGCAGGGCAAGAACUUGCCAGCGUAGAACCCAGACUACCUAUUUGUACUUGAUACCCCGCGGGGUCCCGCAAAUUGCGGUGACGUUUGACCUCGAUCCCAACGGGUUGCUGAAUGUGUCCGCCGUAGACCGAGCAAGCAACAAGAAGUAUGCAUUGCAAAAGUAGAGUACUGAACUAGAGUUGUAAAUUGCAAUACAAACUUUCACCUCCAGUACAAAAAUGCAAUUUUUUGUCAGGCAAGUACUACUAGACCAGGUAGAUUGAUAUUGUCAUGCAUGACUGCAAUUACAUCAACACAACUACGAGUGCGAAGAUAGUACUUUUGCACAUGAUAAGAGGUGCCACAUCACCAUUACCAACGAGAAAGGCCGGAUGAGCAAGACGGACGUGUAUGGGAGUGUCAGGAUUGAAAUCGUCAAAGUUGAAAUAGUUUGUCAUGCACAAAAUGGAUCCCAGUUGCAACCCAGUUUCCAAGUGGCGCAUGACAAAUCUGGGCAGAUCCGAAAUCCAGUCUGUAAUGCUGUUUGGGUGAGGAAGACGCCUUUUGUCAUGCUACUUUCGCAGCUCAGUUGCUACUCCUCAAUAGGCUUACAAUCUGCCUCCCUUGCCAACUCUGCAAGACAGGCACCUUGUGGGUUGCAUUUUAUGCAUCACAAACUAUUUCAACUUCGACGAUUUCAAUCCUGACACAUCCAUAACGUGGAAAAGUCGAUUAAAGACGCGGAGAAAUACGCCAAAGAAGACGAAGAGAUCCUGAAAAAAAUCACCGCGAAGAACGAGCUGGACGGCUACAUUUGGAACUGCCAGCGCACGGUCAUGGAAAACGAGGAGGGGUUCGCGGAAGAAGACAAAGAGCUGAUCAGCAGACUAACCUCCGAAGUGGAGGUAUCGUACGAAAAAAGUGUUUCACUGUAAGGAUUUUGCAAGUUCUGCAUCACAAGUUUGUUCUACAUCACAGAGAAAUAGAUUUGCCAUGCGAGAUCCCUAAAGGAAAACAGAGCUAAAAAUCCAGUGUCUUGCAUGUGUAGCAAGACAAACACAACUUCUCAGAUACAUUUUCUGCAUUACAAGUUUACAGUGAAACAGUUUUUUCUUGCGAUAGGAGGAGUUUCUGCAGAAUGUGAACGAGAAAACGGAAGAGGAUAUCACGGCGAAGCACAAAGAAGUCGAGAAGCAAAUCAACCCCAUCAUGGUCAAGUUCCACUCCAAUCGUCAAGCGGACGGCGGAUCAGACGCCACGACCGAAGACGCAGCGUCAGCCGGCGGCGGAGAAGGGGGCUCGUCGUUUACGGAGGAGGGAUAGAGAAAGAGAUGAAAUUUUCCAAUUUUACCAGUUUUUCGGGACUUGUUCCUACUUCAGAGGGACAGUUGCUGAUGCGCUGCAAAGAAAAAAAAGUAAGUAUGGUCACACACGUAGCUCCUGUACCGAACGCAGAUUGAUGUUGAUGAAGAAGAGCCGGAUAUAAUUCGGAAGAAGUUCUUUAAAAAACCUGACGAAUUUUUCACAUAAAAAAUCCCGACAGAGGGUUGAAGGUCGUCAAUGAAU